CGGCUUUUGCUGGUUCCAGUCCAAACCAAAAGCGAAACAGAAAGAGCAAUAGUCGCCUCUGUGAAGAAUGUUGGUUCAGCUACCUCGCCUGAGUAGUUCCCUCCGGGAUCCCGUCGACGUCGAUCAAGCGUAUCUUCAACGCAAGAUCAUCCUCCAAAACAACAACUCCAAGCCUCGUCGUUCUGGAAACCCUCUGGAUGAGUCAGAGCUUGCAAGGAAGAUAGUUGAUGGGUGUGAACAAGAUAUUUCUAUGCUGAAAUUGGGAGAACAUAUGCUAACUUUUGGGGCAAGCUGUACUUUGGUGGCCAAAUUUUUUCUUUUGAUUCUCUUCUUCCAGGGUAGCCAGUUGUAUGAUCCAGAGGCUGGUGGGUGGCGAGAUCUGGGCAUGCUUGAUGUUAUGCAGAUGUUUGGAAGGGCAGGUAGACCUCAGUUUGAUAAAAGUGGUGGAGGCAUCAUAAUUUCGUCUCAUGACAAACUAGCCUACUACCUGAGGUUGUUAACAAGUGAACUCCCUAUAGAAAGUCGGUUACUAGCUUAUGCUUAAGUUUUUUGGAGCAUAUUUUUGUUUUGUUAUGUAGUUAUUAAAAAACUAUAACUGGAUGAGAGGAUGUGGAGGCCCUGCUGCAUAUAUGAACAUAAUUUGGAUGUAUUCAUUCACAAGUGAAAUUUGUUGUACUUGCAUGCUCAGAAUUUUUCAACCCUUUAUCAUCAAUAGAUCUACUACUAUAUUGAUUCCAUUUGUCAUGUUAUCAUGUUAUUCUCCAAAAUUAUUCUUUUCUGAAGGUCUGGCAAUUUAGUGUUUGGCUUCUAGUCAACAUAUAUUCACUCCAUAUGAUGACUGCUUGUUUGGAUAUGCAGUAUUGUAAAGGUUGAUAAACAAUAAUGAUGCCAGAUGGCAAGUUACUUGAAUGUGAUGCUGUAAGGUGGCAAACCCCUGGAUAAUUAAGGUGCUAAAACUUAUAUUCAAGAUUAAAAAAUGAGGCUUAUCUGGCUUACUCUAAUCCAGGCAUCUUUGUGAUGUUUGGGCUGCGUUGCUGACCCAGUUUUGUUGCAACCUCUCUAUAUGUCUUUGGUGGUGUGCUAAGUCUAAAAAGAAUAGUUGCUUGCCUUUUUUUUUUUUUUUGGGAAAAUUGAGGAUAUAUGUAAUUAAGAUUUGGUUUUCUGCUUGUUUUUCUUUAUUUGCAUUUUCUGAUUGCAGUUUAUUAGCUCGAUGAAAGACAAUUUAAAUGCAGAAGUGGUCUUGGUGAUUGUGACUAAUGUCAAGGAGGCUUGUGCAUGGCUUGGGUAUACCUAUCUUUUUAUCAGAAUGAGGUUGAAUCCUCUUGCAUAUGGCAUUGGAUGGGAUGAGGUAUUUUAUGCUUUUCUUGAUUUCACAUGAGUUCUUGAUACCCAGCUGCUGGCCAAUAUAAUAGAUAAGACUUUUUAUUAGUUGAGAACUGGCUUUCCCUGUUCUUUUGCAUUUGAUUUUCUAUUUCUAUUUUGCUGUUGAUAAUUUGAGUGGCUGUUUCCAUAAAUAUUUCAUAGCCA